AUGAUGAAAUCCAAGAGCCAUGGCCUGACUCGGCUCAUUUGCUUCCAACUUUUUUGGUGUCUACAAGGUGAGGACAUCCUUGGAAGAGUGUCUUUUGCUGAGCAUGAUGGUGUGUCAGUUGACUGCCCCAACAAUGGCACAACCAGGCCAACCUCGGACACCUCCUUGCUACAGAUUGGCGACAACCGACGACAGAUUCCGCCGGAUUGUUUCCUAUUGGAGGAUUACUUUCAUGUUGACCCGCACGGUGUACUUGUCGCUACUUUGCGCUUUGGGCCUGGGGGCAACGCCGGCCCAAAUGAUGUCAGAUGCAUUGGGUCCAACAGAGUGAAAGAGAUAGUCGGAAGCCUCGACGUGACCGGCGCCCUCUCCCUCACGAGCGUUUUGCUACCUACACUUGAAACAGUUCGGGGUUCGUUAAUAUUCAUGCAGCUUCCCCAGCUUGCGAGCCAAGCUUUCAGCUUGGAUGCCUUGACGCGUGUGGACGAGAAUCUGGUCAUCCGACACAGCGAAGCGUUGUCCACGGCGCCCCUGCAACGCCUACGUGAGGUUGGCAGAACCUUGGAAGUUAGAAGCAAUGAAAACUUGGCCUCGCUCUGGCUGAAUCGCCUCACCUUCGUGGGGCUUCACUUGCUGAUUGAAAGUAACCCCAGCCUCAGUAUGGUUGCAGCUCCGUCUUUAAAAGAGAUCCGCUUCGAUCUCAUCAUGGGCGCAAAUGGGUUGCAGCAGAUUGAGCUCGAGGUUUUGGAGGAGAUUGGAGAAGAUCUGGUCGUUUACAACUCGGAUCAUCUCCGAUCCCUUGGGCUGCCUUUGCUGUCCUCGAUCGGGGAGGAUGCGGAGUUCAUUCGCCUCCUGCACCUUAAGAAUCUGUCGCUACCUGUGUUGAAGUCCAUUGGUGAGGAUUUGGAGGUCCUGCAUUGUUACGCUUUGGAGACAAUUUCAAUGCCAUCCCUCCACGUUGUGCAGGAAGAUGUGGAACUCCAUCAUCUGCCUCUUUGCAGUUCUGUGUCCCUGCCACGCCUGUCCGAAGUUGCAGAAGAUCUGGAAAUGUACACCCUCGUUGCUCUGACGGCCGUAGUGCUUCCUUCCUUGGAGCAGGUUCGGGAAGAUGUCUUCCUGGGGAAUAUGCCAGCUGUUGUGGGCAUAUCGAUGCCGCAACUCACCCAAGUUGCGGGCAGCUUCUGGCUGUUCAAUAUGCCAAAUCUUCUGACUUUGGAUUUCACGAAUCUCGCCCAGGUGGGAGGCAUCAGGGUGCAGGGGGUAUCCCGCCCGUCGACGCAGAGCAAGUGCUACUAUGGGCUAGGACACUGUGAGGAUGAGGAGAUCAUCUCGGAAGAUGCAUUUUACAUUACCAACAACACCCGACUUGAACAUGUGUGGCUGCCAAAUCUUGCUUCCAUCAGCUCUCGGUACUUCGCGAUCUUCGGAAAUGCAGCGCUUGCUUCAGUGCGGCUUCCUCGUCUCACAGCUUUCUCCCCUGUGUCCGAGUCCCAGCAAGAUGUAUCAAAUCUCUCCAACACGAGCUUGACGAGUUUGUUCGGCGUGUUCGGGAAUGGAGCCUUGCUGCUUCUGGAGCUAAAUCCAAACCUAUCUGAACCGGAGCAUUGGACCUUCGAUGGGAACGCGCCAGGCUUUUGCCCCUCUGGACCGCAAUGGGCCACAUCCAACUGCAGUGGCGGAACGAUCUCAGUAGAAGAUGCGGAAGAAGCAAUAUUUGGAGACCAGUGCAAGGAAGCUGGUUUGGAAGAUGGUUUUCUCGAUGGCUUCUGCCGGCAAGCUGAGUGCCCCCCAUAUGCGCCUAGGAACAUGUCGGGAGACUGCCCCGGAUGUUACGAUGCUAGCGGCUGCUUGGUGUUGAGCAGACUCUUCGUGACAGUUCCUGACCUGAUACAUGGUGGUCUCGCGAUCAACGGAAGUAUUUUGCUGUCUUCCGAGGACCCCGCCCUGCUGGGAGUGCAAUGCAUCAAAGCAGGACCCGACCUGACUUCAAUCCACGGAUGUGUGGAAAUUGUUGGGAGUACAUCUCUUCAGGCCGUGGACCUCGAGCAAGUCAGGGUCCUGGGUGUGAGCAUGACUCUGUCCGGCAACAGUGCCCUCCAUGCCGUAGCUGCUGCUUCCUUGACAAGGGUCCACCUCGAUUUGGUGCUGGAAGGUAACAUGGCCCUUGAGAGCCUCGACUUCCCAGGCUUGCAGUGGGUGACGGGCCGUCUCUCCCUGGGGGCUCAGGGGCUGAAGUCCCUGGAAUUCCUGGAGUUGGCAACGGUGGGCAGCUUUUUCUUGGCAUCCAACACGGACUUGCAACAACUCCACAUCCCAAGCCUUAACAGCACGAAAUCUCACAUUCGCAUUGUGCAGCUGAACAAGAUCAGCACACUUGACUUGCCUUCGCUGAAGCUUAUUGGAGAGGACUUCACGGUGUCGUUUUGUUGGAAUCUUACAGCUCUCCGUGUCCCUGAAUUGACACACAUCGAUGAGGAUUUGGAGCUGUAUGUCCUGCACAGUCUGGAAGCUCUGACUUUCCCACUCUUGACGCAAGUUGGUGAAGACCUGGAGCUUUACACAAACGAUGCCCUUACCAGCAUCAGAUUUUCCUCGUUAGAAGCCGUUGGCGAGGAUCUCGAAGUCUUUGACAACACCCAGACCUUCAACUUGGACCAGGCAUCGUUCCCGAAUCUCAGGCAUGUCGACGAGGAUUUCGAGAUCUAUGCCUGUGCGCAGCUGGAGCACGUAGAUUUCCCACAGCUUGCCCAAAUCGGCGAGGACCUCCUCCUCUUCGGAAACGCACGGCUCAGGGACUUGAGCCUGCCGAUGUUGGAAGAUGUCGCAGUUCGCGAAGGAGGCGGAAUGCUCAUAACGGACAAUCUGGCACUUAGUCACUUCCACUUGCCAUCUUUGCGUCGGUGUGGCAACAGCACCGCAAGGAUUGGAUCCAGAGAUGGUAGCAGAGAUAUCAGACUCUACACCGGAGCUUCACGUCGGGAAGUGCAAGGCCAAGAAGCACGGCCGGUGCUGAUUGCCCACAAUCCGAAGCUGACGCGUAUUGGACUUCCACAGCUUGAGAUGCUUAACACCGGCUUGUGGAUCCAGAAAAAUGCUCAGCUCCAGAGCAUUCGGCUGGAGUCAUUGAGGUCAUGCCCGGAUCCGUAUUUUGCGAAUCGUUGGUGCGGGAGGUGCACGUACGUGUUCUACGAGUGGGCCAUGGAAAACAGCUACGACUUUGAAGAGAAUGUCAUUCAGCCCUGGGUCUCUCCAAGUCGAUUUGCCGCAUAUUACAAGGCACAAAGAAAGACUUAUGGCUAUUAUCGCUGA